AUGGAACUCGAGUGUGCAGUUCAAAAUUACGAUUGGGGCAAGAAGGGCAUGGCAAGCAGCGUAGCUCAGCUGAUUAAAUCAUCAUCUCCGGAGUUGAAUAUCGAGCAAGACAAGCCCUACGCUGAACUGUGGAUGGGGACCCACGUAAACGGCCCGUCAUUCAUCAAAGGAACCAAAGAAUCACUAGCAGAUUACAUCACCAAAGACUCCAAUAGUCACGUGCUAGGUGACAAAGUAAAGGAAGUAUUCGGCAACACUUUGCCAUUUUUAUUCAAGGUCCUUUCGAUCGACAAAGCGCUCUCCAUCCAAGCACAUCCAGCCAAAGCUCACGCAGAGGAGCUCCAUCAAUUAUUUCCCUCUGUCUACAAAGAUCCCAAUCACAAACCAGAGCUCGCCAUUGCUUUGACACCCUUCCAAGGGCUCUGUGGUUUCCGUCCGGUACAGGAGAUUAGAUUUCAUUUGAAUUCAAUCCCCGAGCUGGUUGCACUUUGCGAUCAGACUGCGGUUGAUGAUUUUUUGAACUGCCAAGGUAAUCCUCAGAUUCAUUUGAAGAAAUGUUUCAAAAGCUUGCUUACUUUUGCAACUACUGAUGGAAAUUCUGGUGACAUUGGUUGCUUUGGAAUUUAUUUUUUUAAUUACAUAAAUUUGAAUCCUGGAGAAGCGCUGUAUCUUGGACCAAAUGUUCCUCAUGCUUACUUGUACGGCGACUGCGUUGAGUGCAUGGCGUGUUCUGACAAUGUCGUUCGUGCUGGGCUUACUCCAAAAUUAAAGGAUGUGCCAACACUAAUUGAAAUGUUGUCCUAUCAAAGUCAGUCGUAUAAUAAAUUUGAGCCGAAAAAAAUAGAUGAAUUUUCGGAAGUUUUUCAGCCACCGAUAAAAGAUUUUGCAGUGGCAAAAAUUCAAAUUCCUGGCAGUAAAAGUUACAAGUUUGUACCGGUUAAUUCACCUUCUAUAGUGAUAAUUAUCCAAGGAUCUGUAAAAAUAUUUGACAAGGUUCAUAAACGAGGAUCAGUAUUAUUUACACCUGCCAAUUCUGAGCUAGCAGUGACCAAUUUAGAGGAAGAAAAAUCCUUAAUUUUUCAAGCUUUUGCUAAUGUUAAUAACUUACCGAUUAUUAAUUAG